AUGCAGGCGCGGGAAGAAGACCGGAAGCCAUCACUGAGUCUGGGCUCGGACAAGGCCAACAGCCCCACCUGGAGCGUCACCAAGGUGAGUCACCUGGACGAGGAGGAGGAGGCCGAAGACACCCACAGCUCCCUCAGCGAAAAGAUAGGCGGUGAGUGCUACAAGCCCCUGGAUGAGAUCGAGUGGCCCAGCUGCUUCCCGGCGCCGCCUAGCAGCCCCAGCUCCUCGUCCUCGCCCUCGCACGACUUCCUGCACGAGGUCUCGCCGUCACCGCCGCCUAACUUCAAGCACGAGGCCUCGCCCUCUCCGCCGCCAGACUUCCGGCACGAGGCGUCAACGCUGCCGCUCUCCGAGUACCGUCGAAGAGACAAGAUGGCAACGCUCGGCAAGCCGGGGCAGGGCGACGCGCCGCCGCCCCCUUCGCCGGUCAGCAUCCAGUACCACCCGUCUCCAUCGCCUCCGCUGGACUUCCGCUGCGACAAGUCUCUCUCCAUCCCACCCAACACACCCGCCUGCACGCCCGACACCCGCAGGUCCCCGGUUUCACCUCAGCAGCCCCCCUCCACCACACUCCUGCCGACGGCUACCAGACAGAGCUCACCGUCGCCGCCGCCGGAUUGCCGCUGGGUGUGCAUCAAUGACCUACAGCAGCAACACUCCUCCGCGUCCUCCCCGGCAGGUUCCGUUGUCUCUCCAACGCCCGCCAGCAGACGCUACUCCGGGUCGUCAGUGGGCCAGGAGGCAGCCAUCACCCUCUCCCCUGCCAGGCUGCAGUACGAAAGCCGCUACUCCACUCUCGGCGGCCUCCACGCCUCCCCCGCCGCUCCCGCCACUCUGCUGCCGCUUACCACCCUCUCUACCAACGGCAGCCCGCAGCCGGACGCUCCAAGCAAUGGCUCGCAGCAACAGCCCGACACGGUCCUCACUUUCCUGGGCGACACGUCAUCCCCGUCGCCUCCUCUGCCACACUUCCCGGACGUAGAUUCCUCGGAGUCCCCGACACACUACGACUUGCAGGACUCUGACCUCUCGGAGCCUUCCCAACGCUCCCUCACGCUGCUGGGCAAGGCCACUGAUCCUCAGGAGCUGCGUGCCUCUUCCUCAGCCUCUUCCCAUCAGUCCCGCCAAAACGAGUCUCAGUCCCCCGCGGAGGCCUCCCCGGCAGCCGCGUCCUCCGCCACACCGCAGGCUGCCGCCACUGACCCUCAGGCCCCAACGCCACCACCCAUUCCUGAGUUCUUUGACGAGGAGGACAAGCCCCCAACGCCGCCACCCAUACCCAAGUUCUUCGACGCAGAGAGUCCACCCGCAACCCCUCCACCGCUCAAACCCAAACCAAAUCUGCCGCCAAGGCCGGCAGAGCACCGGCCGGACAUCGUGCCGCCGCAGCCCGUCUCCAGGAGCGAGAUAUACGGCCGCCACUGCAAGCUGCCGCCUCUCGACGUGAUUCAGGAGAGUCCGCCACCAGAGUCCCCUGGAGAAGUACGCAAGAGCAGCCCCCCGCCAGACCCGCCCUUCGACAUCGUGCACCGAGACCCUUCGCCGGAGCCUGAACAGCCCAAAGAGCCUCAGGAAGCACAGGAGCCUGAAAAGGCUUCACCUCCCCCUGAGGAGAGGGCCGAGGCUGCCGCUGCCUCUCCGCCGCCGCCGCCACCGAUCGACAUCCAACACAAGAGUCCGGAGAAGAAAAAAUCCCCCUCCCCGCCCCCCGCUAAGAGCAAGAAGGAGAGUCCACCAGCGUCCGAGUACGAGUAUUUCAACCUUCCCGACAACUGGCCGGCCUACCCGCCCUUCCUCUUCGGUGACUCAGACUUCCCGCCACCGUGA